CUAAUGUUAUAGUGAGAAACUGAUGAAAAAUUAAUCUCGAAACGCAUCUAGCACUUUUUUAUCGUCAACGGCCGGUAAUCCACGUGCUCUCAUUCAUCAUUGAAUUUGAAUUUGCUAUGGAUUUCAAUGGUAGGGAGACCGGCUCAGAGAAGCAAGAAGUUCUUCAUAAUUCCAUCAAUGGUUCCAUCAAUGUUAUGGCUCCAUCAAUAUCGUCAUGGAUUGACUAUUUCUGCAGGAGGAACGAGUUCUUUUGCAAGGUGUCUCUUGACUACAUUACCGACGAGUUCAACCUGAGCGGGCUCCGCGAGCAGGUGCCGCACUACAGGCAAGCGCUGGACAUGAUUCUGCACCAAGAGCCUGAUGAGUCGGAAGAUAAUUCGAAGCAGGCGCAACUCGUGGAGCAGGCCUCGGAGAUUCUCUACGGGCUGAUACACGCGCGAUACAUAUUAACCGAGAAGGGCUUAGAUGAAAUGUUACUAAAGUUCGAAAAAGAGGAUUUCGGCCACUGCAGUCGAGUCUUCUGCGAGAACCAACCUAUGUUGCCGCUUGGUCUAUCGGACGUUCGCGGCGAGGCCACGGUGAAGGUGUACUGCCCGAAGUGCAUGGAAGUGUACAAGCCAAGCUCACGGCAGCGGCACACGGACGGCGCGUACUUCGGCACCGCAUUCCCGCACAUGGUGUUUAUGUCGUAUCCCCAGCUGCGCCCCAAGCGGGCCGCUGUGCAGUUUGUGCCACGCCUGUACGGUUUCAAGAUCCACCCGCUGGCGUACGAGGCUCAGCUGCGAGCGUCCAGCUUCUUCCGACCAUGGGGCAAACUAGAAAAUAGAGGUGUGCGCCGGUGGCUAAACCGUCGGCGGCGGCGUCCGGGCCAAAAAUGGCCGGCGGCGUCGGCGUAAUCGGCGUGAUCGGCGUAAUAAUUAAA